AUAGUAUACCCCACGUUCAGCUUUAAGCAUCCCAAAAAAAUAUAGGAGUGAAGUAGCUCCAAACCCAUUUUGUAAUCAACUUGUCUUCCUGUAUGGGCUUAAAGCUUGAUUAAUUUGGACUUCCUCAUCCUUCAAAUUCUUACACCAACCGAAAAGGAUAAACCAACAUCAUCAUCGUGCCGCUGUUUGUUAUGCUUCUCAAAAGCUAAUGCUUUAAACAAAUCUGAAUUCCUGAUAAAACCCCAAAAAUUAAAGCAAAACCCACAGAAACCAAUUGCCCAGAGGACGUGAUGCAGAAAGCUAUGAUGGGAGGAACAUCAAGAACUCUCCUUUCUAUCUCUUUUCUCUCUUCAACCAAACAUUUCUGUCACUACCCAUUUCUCAAACUACCUAAGCCCUCUAGGGUUUUUCCAGGGUUUAAGCCUUUUUGCACUGCUACAACCCCAAUCCCAAUCCCCGCCUCCAUUGAACCUGACGAGUUGAAACACUCCAUGCUACUUGAAAGGCUUAGAAUGAGACACCUUAAAGAGUCCACUAAAACCCCACCACCCUCUAGACCUCGAGAAAAGCUGGCUGCUUCUGAUAAAGAGAGCGAGGCUUCUGAUAAGGGGAAGAGGAAGAAAAAGGGCAUGGUUGAUAGUUUUGAGGAGUUGGGUCUCAGUGAAGAAGUGAUGGGUGCUGUUCGAGAGAUGGGCAUUAAAGUUCCUACCGAGAUUCAGUGUAUUGGGAUUCCUUCUGUUUUGGAAGAGAAAAGUGUGGUUUUAGGUUCUCAUACUGGCUCUGGCAAGACUCUUGCUUACAUGUUGCCACUUGUUCAGUUGCUGAGGCGGGAUGAGGCAAUGCUAGGAAUGCUAACAAAACCCAGGCGUCCUCGAGCAGUUGUUCUAUGCCCCACUAGAGAGCUAUCUGAGCAGGUUUUUCGUGUGGCAAAGUCUAUCAGCCAUCAUGCAAGAUUUAGGUCUACUAUGGUCAGUGGUGGAGGCCGGUUGAGACCACAAGAGGAUUCUUUGAAUAACCCAAUUGACAUGGUAGUCGGGACCCCUGGCAGGGUUCUUCAACAUAUUGAAGACGGCAACAUGGUUUAUGGUGACAUCAAAUACUUGGUUUUGGAUGAGGCAGACACCAUGUUUGACCGUGGCUUUGGUCCUGACAUUCGCAAAUUUCUUGGUCCGUUGAAAAAUCGUGCACUAAAACCCAAUGGUCAAGGAUUUCAAACAGUUUUAGUGACUGCAACAAUGACAAAGGCUGUGCAGAAACUGAUUGAUGAGGAAUUUCAAGGAAUAGAACAUCUUCGAACAUCAACACUGCACAAGAAAAUAGCAUCUGCUCGGCAUGAUUUCAUCAAACUUUCAGGUUCUGAAAACAAGCUUGAAGCAUUACUGCAGGUUCUUGAGCCAAGUUUAGCUAAGGGGAACAGGGUGAUGGUGUUCUGUAAUACAUUAAACUCUAGCCGUGCUGUGGACCAUUUCCUUGGCGAAAAUCAGAUCUUGACUGUUAAUUACCAUGGUGAGGUGCCCGCAGAACAAAGGGUUGAAAACCUGAAUAAGUUCAAGAGUGAUGAUGGGGACUGUCCCACACUGGUCUGCACAGACUUGGCUGCUAGGGGACUGGACUUGGAUGUUGAUCAUGUUAUCAUGUUUGAUUUCCCCUUAAACUCUAUCGACUACCUUCAUCGCACUGGGAGAACGGCACGUAUGGGUGCAAAAGGGAAAGUAACAAGUUUGGCGGCUAAAAAGGACUUACUGUUGGCGGAAAGGAUCCAGGAGGCAAUAAGAAAGAAUGAGAGUUUGGAAUCUGUUACAGCUGAUAAUGUUCGAAGGGAUAUAUCAAGGGCUAGGAUAACUGAGCAGAAGGGGAAGACUGCUAAACUGUUCAAGGUGUCAAAUCAGAAAAACAAGAUUAAAGCUGUCUCUGCCCACACAUCAGCGAAAAAACCCUCAAUUGCAAAAUCAGUAAAAUCACCAACUCCAGCAAAAUCUUCACCAAAAAUAGGCAAGGUCACCAAAAAUUUGAAGACUGCAAAAGCUUCUUCAGUAGGAAAGAAAAACAGGCCCACUGGUAGUUCUACAGCCAGGAAACUGCGUGUUGUUGGGUUUAGGGGGCGAGCUUCCUCAAGUAAGAGAGAAUUAUUUCGGCCUAGUUGAUUGUGUUCAAAUUUCUGGAUUUUGCAAAUGGCUUUUAACAUUUAAGCAUCAUUAA